AUGAAUGAAACCGGAACAUUUGAGGAGGAGGAGUUGGAUUACUUUUCGAGGUUGCCUGAAUCUGUUAUUCAUCAUCAAAUAUUGUCGAUCAUUCCGUUCAAGGAUGUGGUCCGUUGUUCCGUCUUGUCUAAGAAGUGGAAUCGCAUUUGGUGCAAUUACCCCAACAUUGCAUUGGAAUUUCGUGCCCCCGAGGAGGAGGAGUUUGGUGCUCCAAGAUCCUCUCGUCCACGUUCUCAGCGCACAUUCCUGGAUCAUAUUGAAGUGGUCUUGGAGCAAUGCCUCUUUCGAAAAGCUUGCAUACAGAAAUUGCAGUUUGCCACUUAUUAUAGUAGUCUGGAAGAGUUUGCUCCCGAUAUGGAUCGCUGGAUGGGGGCUGCGAUUGAGAGAAAUGUUUCCGAGCUAGUGCUUCAGUUUACAUACUUGGGACCGUUCUGUAAUCCAGAGAUUUUAUAUUCUAUUCCACAGAGAGUUGUUGUUGCCCAUUCACUGAAGGUUUUAGAGGUUGAAGGAUGUAGGUUUGAUGAUAGGUUUACCUGCAUUGAGCUAUCAAAUCUGCAGAGAUUAAAACUUUGUUCGUGCCAAGUUGUGGGUGAGAAUGUGUUGAACAAGAUUCUAUCUGGAUGCCCUAAGUUGGAGUUUCUGGAUUUAAUUGAUCUGUGCGGCUUAAGUUUGAUCUCUAUUUCGUGUAACCCUAGGUUAAAAUAUUUCUGUAUUCAUGGUUUCAGUGAUAAAGAGCUGAAGAGGAUUGAAAUCUUCUCACCCAGUCUUGAAACAUUCAAAUAUGCUUUACAAUAUCCAUGUGCCAUUGACUUGGAAACUUGCACUGCUCUGAAACAUUUGUUUUUUAAUAACGCUUACUACUCUGCUCAUCAUCUUCCUAUUCACUAUCUUUUGCCCAAACUUCUCUGUAUUGAAAGCUUGAGGUUGUUGCACUUGCAUGAAUAUAAAGCACAAGGCCAAUUUAAGAUCUCAAGCCCAUGCCUCAAGAGACUAAAGUUUUGUUUUCCCCGUAGCUUUCCUGGUGCUAUAAUCGACACUCCAAAUUUACUUGAACUAGACAUGUCUGUUUUAGGUGCAUGUAACUUAGAUUUCAAGUUCAGUUCUUGGAAUGUUCCAAAGCUAGAGAAAGUUCACAUGGGGUUUUCUGUUAAAAGCUUCUCGACUGUUUACAGGGCUGGGCUAGAGGGUUUCCUUUUGAAAUUACAUAAUUAUGAGAGUUUGAGGUUGUAUAUUGGAAGCAGGAAUGGUUUUGUUCAGAACAUGAUUAUACAUGAGAAACCGCUUGCAGUUCUGUCUUCAUCUCUCGAUGAGUUCCUGAUAAAUGUCAGGCUAAACUCUUUUGUGAUAUCAUCUUUUAGAGAAGAAGAAUCCCUACCAACAGCAUUGGAUAUGGCAAGGCGUGUUUUAGUACACCCUGUUUGUCUAUCCUUGAUAUGUUCUUCUCCUCAAAGCAUUGAGUUGCUGUAUAAAAACUUGAGCAAAGCUGAACAACUACGAUCGAGGUUUAAUACUUUUGAGCUGGUUUCAACCCAGGAGAUAGAGCAUGAAAUGGACUCAGCCUGGAAAUCCUUCAUCAACAUCCAUUCAACCGGUUACCACACUGCAACAAUAAUCAUGGGUCCUAAGAAUAAACUUAUGUGUAGAUGAUUUAUAUUUUUUGGAAUGACUAG